UCGGGCCUGUGGCGGCCUCGGGCUCGGACGUGCCGGCGCCGCGCCUCACACGGGUCCCGCUCGCCCCGGGUGGAGGCCCGCGAGGGCCCGCGGGGCCGUAGGGUGCCAGCCGGGCAGCACUGCCGCGGGGGUUCGGGCGGGCGUUUCCCUCACGGUUCCUGAGGUGCAGCCUCAGGGUGAGGGUGCGGUGCUGAGGCGGAGCCUCCUCUCCACACGCGUGGGCGCGCGGUCCGUCCUCGGAAGUGGCCGCUCGGGUCGUCUGCUGUUGCCUGCCUUUGUGUUCUGGGUGUGACACCCCCUGUCAGAGGUGCAGCCCGCAGUGUCUUCUCCCCUUCAGUUUGACGAAGUCCACCUGUUCCCGUGUCUUGCCUUCACUCCCUGUGCUGUUGGGAUCCGAUCUGGAAAACAGUGGAGCAUCCCAGUGUCCCGAAGUGCUUUGCCUCCGCCUUCUUCUAACAGCUUGAAAGUUUCAGGCCUCAUAGUUAGGCCUUCAGUUCAUUUUGAGUUGAUUUUUUUGUACGUAGUUUCAUUCUUCUGCAUGUGGACAUGAAAUUUUCCCAGCACUAUUUGUUAAAAACGCUGUGCUGCUAAUUCAUGUUCUUGGCACCUCUGUCGGAGAUCUGCUGGCUCUAUAUGCCUGGAUUUCUUUCUAGAGUCUUCUCCAUUGGCUUGUAGAGUUAGUGUGAGAGAGAGACAGAGAAAGAUCUUUCUUCCGUUGGUUCACCCCCCAAAUGGCUGCUGCGGCCAGCGCGCUGCUCUGAUCCGAAGCCAGGUGCCAGGUGUUUCCCCCUGGUCUCCCAUGCGGGUGCAGGGCCCAAGCACUUGGGCCAUCCUCCACUGCCUUCCCGGGCCACGGCAGAGAGCUGGACUGGAAGAGGAGCAACUGGGUCUAGAACCCGGUGCCCAUAUGAGAUGCCCGUGCCAUAGACAGAGGAUUAACCAAGUGAGCCAUGGUGCUGGCCCCUCAAAAAAAUGUUUAUACACAGGCACAUUAGGCAGCGGAAGGUGGUCGAGAUCCUAGGCUUUAAAAGUGGGAGCUCCCCCACUUCAAAGUACACCACCAGGAUAACUGCCGUGCUCCCAGUACGUGUUUUGUCCUCAGCCGCCUGGAAGGACCGGGCAAGCUCACUGUUGCGUGCUCUGGAAUGGUUAGACCCAUUGUGACUUCCUCUCACCCUCUGAGGCACCACGCAGGACAGGAUGACUUACCCUGAGCACCUGGAAGUGGGAGCGACUGCGCCGAGGGAGAGCAGACAGCACAUCUGAGUGUCAUGAAUCCUGAGCCUUUCCACAUGCCCUGGCCAUUUCAUCAAGCACCUAAGGACCGUUUUAAGAACCUUGCUGUCUCCAGAAGAAACAAAAACGAUGAAAGGGCAGAAGCUUGGGUUGCCGCCAAUGCUGCGUUGGAGUCUGAGGUUGAGCCUUGGUCCUCGUUGUGGCCUGCAGAUGGGAGAGACCGACCUGGCCUCCUUCCGCCUCUCUUCAAAGUUCUGUCUGAUGGGCGAGGUGAGGCCCCUAGGCUGCAGCCGGACUCCAGAGCGUUGCAGUACAUGAAGAAGCUUUACAAGGCUUACGCUACGAAGGAGGGGAUUCCUAAAGCCAACAGAAGUCACCUCUACAACACAGUUCGACUCUUCACACCCUGGGUCCAGCAGAAGCAGGCUCCAGGACGUCAGGAAACAGGAGUCCUGCCGUCCGUGGACCUGCUGUUUAACCUGGAUCGUGUUACUGCCGUGGAACACCUGAUCAAGUCGGUCCUGCUCUACACUCUCGACAGCUCCGUCUCUUUCUCGAGCGCUGUGCAGUGUGUGUGCAGCCUGGUGAUGAAGGAACCAGGGACUUGCAGCGAGACGCAGGCAGCGACUCCACGCCCAUUCACCUUGCAGUCACGGUUUGAAUUUAGGAAGAAACACAAGUGGGCUGAGAUAGACGUGACCCCACUCCUUGAGCCUCUCGUGGCCUCCAGUGAGAGCCACGUGCACCUGUCUGGAAACUGCACUUGUGUGAAAGACGAGCAGCAGCGUCCCACUGCACAGGAGGGUCCCUUGAACCUAACUGGGCUAGCGUCCGCCUCCCUGAUCUUGUAUUUGAAUGACACCAGUGCACAGGCCUAUCACGGGUGGUAUUCCCUACCCUACAGAAGGAGGCCUUCACGGGGUCUCCAGCAGCAAAGUCGGCCUGCCCCUGGGGCAGGAGAAGAGGCUGCGCAGGUGGGCAGGUCGUCCAGGCGUCAGAGAGGUCAGGCUGCCGUCGGCUCUCAACUGAAGCAGCCCCUGGUUACAGCUUCUUUAAAUCUGAGUGAAUACUUCAAACAGUUUGUCUUUCCCCAGGAUGAGUGUGAGCUCCAUGACUUUCGCCUUAGCUUCAGUCAGCUGAAAUGGGACAACUGGAUCGUGGCGCCACACAGGUACAACCCUCGAUACUGUAAGGGGGACUGUCCCAGGGCCGUCGGGCACCGGUAUGGCUCUCCGGUUCACACCGUGGUGCAGAACAUCAUCUACGAGAAGCUCGACUCCUCGGUGCCGAGGCCGUCGUGUGUACCUGCCAGAUACAGCCCCCUGAGUGUUCUGACCAUUGAGCCCGGCGGCUCCAUUGCCUACAAAGAGUAUGAAGAUAUGAUAGCUACCAAGUGCACCUGUCGUUAGCAUGUGCUUCUCCAGACUACUGCCGUGAGCCUGUUGGGCAGAGUGAGUGCUGGGCGCCUAUCUGAACCUUGUGGAGAAAGCUUCCUAGGUCACAUGUGAGCUGGCGUGUUGUAUGAAGAGGGCAUGUGCAGAUGAGUAAAUGGCGUGGCAUCUUUCAGUGCAAAGGGAAUCGUUGCUAUUGGCCUAUUUCCACAUUUAAGUGAAACAUUAUUUGGGGGAAAUUUAAUUUUUUCUUACUGAGUGUUUUUCUUUUUCAUAAAUAUCUUAAUUUUGAUGAAAAAAUAUUAGAAUUAAUUUUGGGUGCAAUGGCAACUCUGCAUUGAUAACCCUGAUUAUUGUAGUCUUAAUGGAAGAAUAAAUUAAUUUC